GUCGUCUACACCAUCGUCCAUUCACGUCCGUAAUCGCGAGUUGGAAACACUACCGGUGCCCGAGCAGCGAAUUAAUAUUCGUCGAUAUACCCGAUUUUGCGCGAACGACAACACUACAGUAAACACGCGGCGGCUAUAUUAAUUAUAUCAUAUUAUUACACCUACGGCUAGUCGACGACGUGUCUUGUGCCGAAUAAAAUCGUCUCGACGGAUUCAACACACGCCACAAUACAUACCGUGUUGCCUACCCAAGGCAAUAUAUAUAUAUAUAUAUUACAUACGCCCACACACUUAUCGAACCGAUCCGCCGUGUAUAUUUACUAAACCGCGGACUCCCACACAAAUGACAAGAUGAAAAGCAAUUGGAUCAGGACGGAUCGAUUGUGGUGCCUGUUCUUGAUUCUUGCAGUCUCUCGAAUAACGGGAUCUAGUUCAAAGAACGUCAACCAGGUCAAAUUACCGAUACCAACCAAAGAGAGUCUACCGCAGGUGGCCGAAGCGUUAAAGGCGGCUACAUACUUGGUAGACAGCGAUGAACUGGAAAAGAACUUCGAAGGACAGCGGGAUAAUUAUAAGAGAUCACCCAGGAAAUUGGGAACUGAUGAUCUAGACAAUAACUCGGAACUACAAGAGUAUCAAGGAGUUAUGGGACGUCCUGGUGUUGACUUUCCAAUAUUGCCAUCAAUACCCCAUACCGAUUUCAGCUGUAAGAAGGUUAAGAAACCUGGUUACUACGCAGAUCCCGAAACUGAUUGUCAGGUAUUUCACAUUUGUGAUAACGGAAGGAAAGUAUCAUUUUUGUGUCCAAAUGGUACAGUUUUUCGUCAGUCACAUUUAAUUUGUGACUGGUGGUUCCGUGUGGAUUGUGAAAGAUCAAUCGAAUUAUACGAAGAGAGUGCAGAACAGCUUGCAUCUGACCAGCGGGUUUUUAAAGAGCGUGCUGAAACAUUGGCCAAAGCUAUGUUAAAAGUACAAACAACAACACAAACAAGUGAUAGUGGUCGCGUUGUAACAGAGCGUUCGUUUGGUCCGAGUACAACUGUUUUCAAUUCUGAAAGCCGACUGCCUGACCGCGCCAGAUAUUUUAGUGACUAUUCAAGAGACGAAAAUCAAGUUCCAGCUGAGACGGGUUCAUUCGCCGGAAAACAGUUACAAACUAAUUUUAAUAAUUACUAUCCACAGUCCAAAUCACCUGUACAGAACUGGAACCAAGGAAAUUAUCAAACACAACCUUCGACAACAGCACAGCCGCGUUGGAAUAGCAACCAUCAAAGCAGUAUCUAUCAAGCACAAUCUACAACUGCUCAGCCGACUUGGAACCAGGCUGCUAAUAACAAUUAUCAAGCACAGUCUACAACUGCACAGCCGACCUGGAACCAGGCUGCUAAUAACAAUUAUCAAGCACAGUCUACAACUGCACAGCCGACCUGGAACCAGGCUGCUAAUAACAAUUAUCAAGCACAGUCUACAACUGCACAGCCGACCUGGAACCAGGCUGCUAAUAACAAUUAUCAAGCGCAGUCUACCACUGAACAGCCGACAUGGAACCAGGCUGCUAAUAACAAUUAUCAAGCUCAGUCUACAACUGAACAGCCAACUUGGAAUCAUGCUGCUAAUAACAAUUAUCAAGCACAAUCUACAACUGAACAGCCUACCUGGAACCAGGCUGCUAAUAACAAUUAUCAAGCACAAUCUACGACUGAACAGCCAACCUGGAACCAGGCUGCUAAUAAAAAUUAUCAAACUAGUUCUUAUCAAGCACCACCUGUAACGACUCCACAACCAUCCAUCGUUCAAGGAACUAGUAAUUUCCAAUCUAGUUACCAACCACAAUUCACCACAAGUGCUCAAACGGUUCAAGGUGCUACCAGUUCACAAGUAGCUUACCAACCACAGCCAACCACUGUCGUGUCUCAAACAAACUGGAACCAAGGUAGAAAUAAUUAUCAAGCUGGAAAUUACCAAACAGUACCCACUACAGCAGGAACUCAAACUAACUGGAAUAAUAACGAUAACAGUGGUCUUAAAACUAACAACUAUCAGUCGUAUACACCUUCAACAACACUACCUAAUUGGAGUCAAAGUAGUAGUAGUAACUACCAAUCUGAUAACUAUCAAUCACCGUUCACAACAGUAGCCGCUCAAGCUAACUGGAACAAUCAAGGUUCCAAAAAUGUACAAACUGAAAAUUAUCAAAUAUCACCAUCAACAACACCGACACCAGUAAACUGGAAUAAUCAAGGUUCCGACCACUUUGGGACUUCAAAUUCUCAAAAACAAGUGACAACUACCGUACCACAAACUAACUGGAAUGGAGCUGUCAAUAAUUUCCAAUCAAAUAGUUACAACUCACAACCAAUAACAACGAUACAACCAGAUUGGAACCCAGAGUUUGAGUCUGAUACUGUCCAACCUAAUCUAUUCGAAUCUCAACAAUCUUAUCAACAACCGACUACUGUUUUUCCAGCCGAUAAUGAACAAACCAUCCCAGCCAAGGAAAGCCAAGUACCCGCGGAAUCAGCUUCAUUUGUAGGCCGCCAAAACUCCCCUCAUUUUAAUUUUCAACCAGAAAAUUACUACACACAAACUCCUCAGACAAAUGUACCACCUACCACGUAUCCGGUAACAAGUUCUUACACAAAUGAUUAUUCACCAAAUGGAGCUUUUUCAUUUGUCGAAUAUCAAAGAUCACCCGAUACUCCUGUCGCAAGAGAUAGCUCAACUCAUGCUGCUCCAAUUAUGACUACAGUAUUCGACUAUGCAUCGGUCGAUAAUUCCACAUUACCAUCGUCCGGAGAGACAUUAAUCCCGAAUAUGAUAAACUCAUUACAAUCACUGACAGAUAAUAAUCUACUUUUUGACUUGGAUGGGCAAAACACUUACCCUUCACAAACGAACACUGACGAUGAACUAAAUUCCGUUGCAGUGUAUUUUAAUAAUGUGAAAAAUCCACAACUGACCACUGUUGCUAGUGACUUGCAGUUUAAUCGUUUCGAACAAUCAUCUAGAGCAUACACCAGUGGGUUAAGUUCAACUACUAUUGAUUCGGUCGAAACCACUACACCGGUUGAUAGUUUACAUAUACCGGCGGUUUUGACAAAGAAUACAAAAGAAGCAUAUGAUAAGCUUUUCAGAAAUGAUACCGUUAAAGAAUCAAUGAUCAGUUUAAAGUUAGCAGACACUAGUAAGCCUGUAGAAAAUCCUACAAAUUCGGUAAACCUAGGAUUUGCUCAAGGAUUGAAUUUAAACCGUUCAUCGGCGGAAUUGAGGGAACUGGCUGCAGUAUUUACGCGUGCUUUAACUGCAUACUUGGACGAUCCAGAGAAUUUCCGUAAAAUACUAGCCGAAGUAAGACCUACGGAACCACCAAGUGUUAAGACUAGCGUUACCGAAGAACAAGAAGUGUUGGAUUUUUCGGACGAUACAAAGCGUCAACGAGGGAAACCUACAGAACCAAGUACAACAAGCCCAAAUUUAGCAGCUGAAAUCAACGGUAUGACACAAAGUAUUAAUGCACUGGCAGACUUAUCAACCAUUAUUCCACAAUAUACCUCAUCGCCAUUAAUAGAAAUCACAUCGAAGUAUACUGAAACAUCAAAAGCUGGUCUACAAGAAUAUGCACCACUGGAAGAUAGCGAACAGCUACAAUUGGCUGGAAGUCAUUCGUUUUAUUCAAGUAGAGAUAAUAGCAUUCAAACUGGGAAAACUCUCAAACCAGCCGCCUCCACGUUGACAUGGACAGUUUCUCCAUUAAUAGACACUGAGCAGGACAUAAAAUCUACCACUCUGUCGCCAGUGUACUUCACUACCACCGCAGAAGACUUAGAAACUACUGUAAUUGUACAAAGGGCCAAAGAAAUGUUCAGUCACUUGAAUGCGUCUGAGGCAGGAGUAUUGAUGAAUGUUAUGAAAACUGCUCAAGUUAAUGAUACAGUUAAAAGGUUGGUUUUACUGUUGGUGAAUGACUCGAACAAAGAGAAUAGCCCUGAACAGACUAGAAUCAAUUUAAUCGAAGCAUUACUGGACAAUAGGAGUACUGAUCAAGCAUAUGACGUCUCGUCGUCAUUCCCGACAUCUACUCCCUUGCCGUCAUUCCCGACAUCUACUCCCUUGCCGUCAUCCCCAUCGGAAAUCCCAUUCGGUCAGAGAAUACAGGAAGAUGGUUCACCACUACCCGAAGGACAGUAUAAGAAAUCUAGAAAAGGAACCAGGAGAAGAGUUGUACACAGGAGUAGGUCAACCCCUGUUUCCACUACUCCAAUGACCUUGAAUACUUGGCAGGGAGCUAACGAUGUGGGCCCAGGGCUGAGUGAUGAUUCUGACGCCCGAGCAGUUGAACUCCUCAAGUCCCUAUACUCGAUAGCAUCCAAAUGGUCGUAGUUGGACGUUCAUCCAUCGACGGUAUUUCCAUUCUGCCUGUGUCAUAACCGUGUGAAAAUCAAAUUAUUUACGAAUUGUCUUUAUAAUGUUAAUAUAAAUAUUUUAUAUUUUGUAAUCGGUUUGGGAUUAUAAAAAAAAUGAUCAAAGUCGAUAAACCAUAAUAAUAGGACAAAAAAUUACAUUUUACAAUUCAUACUCAAUAAAUAAUGCAUCACGAUUAUAUCCCCCAAUCUGAUUUUUCUUUACUUAUCACGCGAAAUGCUCAAUUUCAAUCAUGGCCGACUAGUUAUAAUUUUUAAUUAUUCAAAAAUUUAAAAUUUAAUCGUGACAAGAAAAUUAUUUACACAAUGCACGACCCCGAGGAUGUUAAUUGACUACUUUUUAUGUAGUAAUAAAUUUAAAGAUACUGUUCUAAAAAUAUAUUUAUACAUUUCAUACAAUAUCAAGAGUAAUAUAAUAGCAUGAGAUAUUGUACAACCAAAAUCAGAACGCAUAAUUAAAAUCCAUCAUCUUAUCGCUGUAAUAAAAAAAUAAUAUCUUUGUGUAUUUUUCCACGUUUAACAUUUUUAACAGACGGUAGUCAGUCAUCUUUUAUAACGGUCGUUGCAUUUAGGUAUCAUUAUAUUAUCAUGUCUAUUUAGCGUUUAAAAGUAAGUUGCCAUCGCCUAGUACAGAAUAUUAUUAAUUGUAAAUGUUCGACAAUAUACGCAUAAUGUAAAUUGACUCUAGUCCUCGGCGAAUCGGAGUGUUACUGUUUUAGGCUUACCUAAGACUUAUAUUCGUGCACUUUGUAUACAUGUUGCAACAUGUUGUAUGCAUAUGUUAUUAUAUAAUUUUGCUCAUAUAUCAAAAGUAGAUUUCUGUUAAGAUUCGAUUUAAUUUUAAUUACCAAUUGUAUACAGGUGUAUGUCAUGUAUUUUUGGUAUUUAUAUUUUUAAGUUAAAAUGUGUUUCUCUUUUUAUCUUUUGCACGUUAUUUUAUUUUACAUUAAGUUUAAACCUUAUUUUGCAUACCUGUCGAUAAUUAUUUUAAGUACUUACUUGCUACAUACCUUCUUUCAAGUUGUAACAAACAUCGACUAUCAAUCUAAAAACUUUACCAUCGAUUGAUAGAGAGAAUAUUAUUAUAACAAUUUUAAUCUAUGUGUUAAAAACUGCUUAUCUUUUUCAUUUAUUCAUUAGCAAUGUAAAUGCGUAUGUACGUAUGAAACAUACGGUUACGUUCAACGCAUAUUAUUAUUAAUUAGUUCGUAUGAAUUAAAAAUAAUGAUACUUUUAUAAUAUUUUUCAUUUACUCAUAUUAUGAGUCGAGUUACAUUAUAUGCCAUGUAAUAAUGUUAUCACAUUAUAUGUAUUAUGUAAAUUGCAUAAUAUUGUAAAUAAAACAUAAAAUUAUUGUGUA